AUGGGUGGCAUAUUAUGUGGAAAUUUUUCCAGUUCCAGAUGCCUAUGCCGCCGUUAUGAAGAGAAAGAAGACUCAUCACAGCAAAACAAUAUUCAACCGAAAGGAGAGGAUUGUAUACUGAAACCAAGAAAAAGUCUCCCAUUUGGGAAUGUCUCGUCCUACUUGCAUCUUGAGACACUGAGCGAAGGCCCUCACUCAGUGGUGUGCAAAGGGAUCAGCAGAAUAUACAGCCAGCUGGUUGUGUUGAAAGUCAUCAGCCUGAAGACUGAGGAGGGAAUCCCUUUUACAGCCAUAAGAGAAGUUUCCCUCCUCAAGAGCUUGAAACAUGCCAAUAUUGUGCUCCUUCAUGACAUCAUCCAGACCAAAGAGAGCCUGACUUUAGUGUUUGAGUACAUGCACACAGACCUGUCACAGUACAUGUCUCAGCAUCCUGGGGGCCUUCAUCCUCAUAAUGUUAUGCUUUUCAUGUUCCAGCUUCUGAGAGGCUUGGCUCACAUUCACAAGUGCCAUAUCCUUCAUCGAGACCUGAAACCUCAGAAUUUGCUCCUAAAUUGCUACGGAGAGCUUAAGUUAGCUGAUUUUGGUCUUGCUCGUGCUAAAUCCCUCCCCAACCAAACAUGCUCUGCUGAGGUGGUGGCACUUGGUUAUCGUCCUCCUGAUGUUCUGCUUGGAGCCACUGCCUAUUCCUCAGAUGUGGAUAUUUGGAGCGCAGGCUGCAUAUUUGUGGAGAUGCUUCAUGGUCAGCCACUGUUUCCAGACGUUUGCAGUAUCUUUGACCAGUUAGAGAAUAUCUGGGUAGUGAAUAGAUUCCUUGGCAGUUGGCCUCGGGGGCUCCAGAUGAUCUGUGACAGGCUAACCAAGGUGCCUGAGGCUGAAGACUUGGCAGCAAGAAUGUUAAAAGUCUGUCCACAAAACAGGAUCUCUGCACAAGAGGCACUUUGUCAUCACUUCUUCUCCCCCCUGCCAUCUCAACUGGGCCAGCUUUCCAAUGCCCAGUCCAUCUUCACAGUACCCGGAGUGACGCUCAGACAAGAAAUGUGUGACCUCUUUUUUUCAUCUCAGAAGGGCCAUCAGGAAAAUAGCUCAAGCAAGUUUUGGUGA